GACGUCAUUGUAGGUGUGUGAAAUUUUCUGUGCAGUGAAGAGUUUAUUGAUUCCAAAAGUAGUGUUAAAAAAGAUGUUUCCACCUAAAUAAUACAAUUCUUUCCACUCUGCAAUUCCUCUAGAAACCAUUUCCGGUCAAGCUAUAUUUCUGCAUUUUCCUCGCGAUUCCAGUGAAUCAUAAGAAGUUGCAAUGGAAAUGUCGCACAGUUUAACUCUCAACGAGGAAGCCCUCAAUCAAAUUCCCGAACAAAAGCGUCCGUUGUUCGUGUUUGAGUGGCUCCGCUUCCUGGACAAAGUUCUGGUGGCUGCCCAGAAGAAUGAUAUAAAAGAGUGUCAAAACAAACUUGUGGAGCAGCUUCUGACCCAUAUUCAGAGCUCUCCUGGCCCACCGACCAGGAAACUCAUCGCACAAUGUCUGGCCACGCUCUUCUCUGUCGGAGACACAUUUCUCCUGUUUGAUACUGUGAACAAGUGCAACGAUAUUCUAAAGAAUAGGGACGACUCACCGAGUUUCCUUCCAACGAGACUGGCUGCAAUAACUUGUGUUGGAAGCAUGUACGAGAAGCUGGGACGAAUGAUGGGGAGAUCAUACGAAGAGACUGUUCAAAUCCUGAUUAGAUCGCUUAAGAAUGCAGAGUCACAAACGCGAAUUGAGAUAAUGGUGACAUUGGAGAAGGUGUGCGCAGGAAUGGGAACUGCAAUCUCUAAUGUUCACAAGGAUAUCUACAAGGCGACGAGACAUUGCUUGACUGAUCGAGUGAUGGCUGUUCGCGUGGCGGCGGCAAAGUGUCUCAUUGAAAUGGUGAAGCACACACCUUUCCUCUACACCACUGAACUGGAGAGUUUGGCCACACUUUGCUUCCGCGGCUUCGAGGGCAGUAACUACGAAGUGCGAUGUUCAAUUGCGAAACUCCUGGGCAUUCUUAUAGCAAUGACGCAACAAGCUGACAAAACAGUGGCGAAUCUCAACACUGCGAAAGUCGUGCGCUCGAUAUCACUGGACGAGGCUUUGGGUGUUCUAAUGUCUGGCUUUCUGCGUGGAGGCGUUUCCUUCCUCAAAGGCACUGGCGAGAUGAUAAAGGGCACAACGGCGGUUAAUCGCGAAGUGCGAGUCGGAGUCACGCAUGCCUAUGUUGUUUUGGUACAACAAAUGGGUAGCGUUUGGCUGGAGAGGAAUUUACAGAAGUUCCUCACACACAUUCUCGAUCUGGUGGCAAAUCCCAAGGCGGCGUCAUCGCACGUCGAUGCUGUAUAUUCACGCAAGUGUAUCAACUUCAUCUUGCGGUCUGUUGUGGGCAAAAUGAUUGGCGAGAAGGUGCAAAUGUCCACGUGCAAGGAGCUCGUGCAGAUUGUGGCGAAGCAAAUGAACACCAUUGACUUCAAUCCGGAGAAUGCGAAGGAUUCCAAUCAGGAAACACUGUUCAGUCAACAUUUGCUGGUCUGUGCUCUGCAAGAGCUGGGCAGUUUAGUUUUGAUUCUGGGAACAACAGCGCAAAACCUACUGAACGAUCAGCACCUGAAUUUUGUGGACGCCACUUGCGCUGUGCUUAUUCACCCUUGUCUGGCUGCUCGACUGGCGGCCGCGUGGUGUUUGAGAUGCAUCUGUGUGGCCGUGCCUAGUCAAAUAACGCCACUCAUCGAUCGCUUCAUUGACGCAAUGGAGAACAUGAGAUCGUCUCCUGAGGCAAUUUCGGGCUACAGCAGUGCUCUGGCCGCCGUUCUGGGCAGCGUGCGCUUUUCUCCGCUGGGAAUUCCUCACACGAAGGGAAAAGUCGUCUUCAACACCGCCGAAGAGCUAUUGAGGACCGCCAGUCAGAAUAGUCGCUUGUCGCUGGCCAGGACUCAAGCUGGGUGGCUGUUGAUUGGAGCCAUUAUGACGCUGGGAGCACCUGUGGUAAAGGGCGUGCUGCCCAGAGUGCGUCUUCUGUGGCGGAAUUCCUUCCCGAAAUCUGAGAAUGAAUUGGAGAGUGAGAAGGCACGAGGCGACGCUUUCACGUGGCAAGUGACUCUCGAAGGUCGAGCUGGAGCUCUGUCAGUCAUGCACAGCUUCCUACUGCACUGUCCUGAACUCCUCAUGACUGACGACAACACACGAAGACUCCACACUUCCAUUAAGAAUGCUGUAGAAAUGUUGGUCAACAUUUCUUCCGUGUUGAAAACUUAUGGCCAACAAUUGAAGGCGCCCGCGGCGAUCGUUCGUCUGCGUCUCUACGAAACACUUACGCUCCUGCCGGCGAAUGCCUUGGAGUCUUCCUACACGCAUCUGCUGAGAAUGCUGGUGGCAGAGUUUACACUGGCCGAAAAUCCAGCCAAUACCACAACUUCACUCCUCAAGGCACUGUGCCACGCUGACGACUCCAUCAUCCUCGGUUCGUGGCUGCAAGACACAGAUCACCACACAAUUGAGGAUCAGCUGGAAGCCAACAGCGCUGCGGGAUCUGGAGCUCUGGAGCACGAUCCUUGCUCUCUCUAUCGCCCUCUGCCGAAGACAGAAUUUUGUCCUGGACCUCUGCCGCUCGGCGUGACGGUAAUUGACACGUCGGUCACUCUCUUCGGCCUCAUCUUCCCCAAAGUGGCCAACAAGCAUCGAUUGCAGAUGCUGGAUCACUUCGCUGAGUGUAUAAAGCACGCAAAGACAACACGACAAGAGGCUGUGCAGAUGAACAUUUUCACUGCUUUGUUGAGCGGACUGAAAGGAUUGACAGAGACAAAGUGCAACAUUGGCCAGGAGGAUGUGAAGAAGAGUGCAACAAAUCUGAUCAUAGCGUCUCUUGUCAGCACAAAUUCUGUGCUGAGAUGCGCCGCUGGUGAGGCGCUGGGACGCAUCGCUCAGGUCGUUGGCGACUCGAGAUUCACGGCAGAAUUGGCGCAGACUAGCUUCGAUAGACUGAAGUCAGCUAGAGAUGUCGUGACUCGCACAGGACACUCGCUGGCUCUGGGCUGUCUGCACAGAUACGUUGGUGGAAUGGGAUCUUCGCAGCACCUCAACACGAGUGUGUCCAUCUUAUUGGCACUGGCACAGGACGGAAGCUCACCUGUGGUGCAAGUAUGGUCUCUUUACGCACUGUCACUGAUCGCAGACUCUGGCGGGCCCAUGUUCCGAGGCUAUGUUGAACCAUCGUUGUCGCUGUGCCUGAAACUCCUUCUCAGUGUUCCACAGACUCACAUGGAUGUCCAUCAGUGCAUCGGACGCGUUCUCAGUGCACUUAUCACAACAAUAGGCCCCGAAUUGCAGGGCAAUGCAGCGUCAAUCUGUGCUGCCAGAUCAUCCUUCUUGUGUGCCUGCGCAAUUAUGCAUGCUCACAGCGAUCCUUUUGUGCAGGCCGAGGCCACAGAAUGCCUUCAGCAGUUGCAUCUCUUCGCGCCUCGCCAUGUGAAUCUCUCCAAUCUUGUUCCGACUCUCUGUCGGACGCUGUCAAGUGAUUAUCUGAUGCUAAGGAAGGCUGCAGUGUCGUGUCUGCGGCAAUUGACUCAAAGAGAGGCGAAAGAAGUGUGUGAUCACGCCCUGGCAAUUGUUCCCACUGAGGAAGUCGAACAGUCCAUUUCGGAGAAUGGUUUGCCUGGCUAUCUCUUCAGCAUGCUUGACACUGAGACAGAUCCGCAGAUGAUAAAGAACAUUCAUGACACGCUCACUUCGAUGCUCCAGAUGUUGGCGGCGGAUAAUCUCUCCCAAUGGCUGAGUUUGUGCAAGAACGUGCUGACAGUCGCCACGGAUUUCAGUGCUGCUGAUGAGGCGACAGGCAAAGACUCCUCCAAUCUCGCCGACGAGGCUGAUGAUGAGGACGACAUGGAUCAGUAUCAUGCUGAGGACACAACCACGCAUCCCGCUAUUCAACCUCGUUGGCCAACACGCGUCUUCGCGGCUGAGUGCGUGCAGAAGAUAAUAUCCUCGUGUGAGAAUGCACAUGCGGCGCAUUUUGAUCUGCAUCUGGCCAAGGAGAUUCAAUUGACUAAGUCCAAGGGAGAUUAUCUGGUUCUUCACUUGUCCGACCUCAUCAGGAUGGCUUUCAUGGCGGCCACGAGUGAUUCCGAUCAAUUGCGUCUGGCUGGACUGAAGACACUUCAGGAGGUGAUUGACAAAUUCGCAAGAGUGCCUGAGCCAGAAUUUCCUGGGCAUUUGCUAUUGGAGCAGUUCCAAGCACAGGUGGGCGCUGCUCUUCGACCAGCCUUUGCCCAGGAUACUCCGUCUCACGUCACAGCAGCCGCUUGUGAAGUCUGUUCCACUUGGAUUGGCUCAGGCGUGGCGCGCGACAUGAAUGACCUGCGUCGGGUGCAUCAGCUUCUUGUGUCCAGUCUCAGCAAGUUGAGCAGCAAGACAAGCAGCUCUCAGCUGUACAAUGAGAGCAUGGCCACGCUGGAGAAGUUGAGCAUUCUGAAGGCGUGGGCUGAGGUGUACAUCGUGGCGAUGGUGGGAAAUGGAUCGGCACCAGCUAGUGUGCUGCUGAAAAAGCUGUCAAUGUCGCAGAGCUUCGAUCGUGAUGACGAAGCUGGUGAAUUUGGAAACUUUGAGAGCAGUGGAGAGAGUCUGCUGGCUCUAGUGCGGCCGGAAUUGAGUGAUCUUUCGCAUCACUGGUUAGCAGCGUUGAAGGAUCACGCGCUACUCCUUCUUCCCAGUGAAUUCUCCAGUCAAUUGCCUCACGAUGGGGGCGCUUUCUACACGACAGACACUAUGAAUUCUUCCAAGCCGCACUACAUGGCAUCGUGGCCACCGAUUCUGUACGCCGCCUCGCUGUGGCUCAACGCAGAGGGAUUCGCACUGCACAAGGAUACUCAGACGAGUAAUGACAACGUGGCGUCGAGUGAUGAUGGCAGAAAUUCGGACAACAACAACUCUUCAGUGAUCAGCCAUGGAAGCGUGAGUGCGGAUAGAUUUCACAUGAUCUUCGGGAUCUGCAUGGAAGCACUGUGCAGUACGAGAUCGAGUGAGAAGGACGAGAAUGUCAUCUCGUGUCUCCAGUCGCUGAGCACAGUGUUCGACUCUGUGUGGGCUAGAGAACAACUCAUGAAGGUCAAUUCGCUGAAUAUUGAGCUGUGUAAUGUGCUGCACAGAUCCAUCCUCACGCGAGAUUCCAUUGAAGUGCAGCUGCUGUGCAUGGAGAUCCUGAAGCAGACACUUGAGGCGGCCAAAAUGUGGUCAGAGCAGAACGCUGUGACGGAUAACAGCGAAGCUGAGGAGACAGAUGACAAGAUUGUUCCUGGAAAGUCGCACAUUUACGCUGUUCUUGAGGUGUGUUACUGCCUGUUUGUGCGCCAGAUUCCCACGAUGAAUCCCAUGCAAUCUGCCAGAUUAACUGUCGAGCAAAUGCAGAAGCAGUGGGGCAGCACAUCUAAUGGUGUGUACAAGAUCAGUCAAGACAGUGGCAUUCUUAUCUCGGCGGCUAUUCAGUGUCUGGAGUCGCUGACGCAACUCUGCUCUCCGGACGCGGCAUUGUCGAUCCUACCGACAAUUCUCUAUCUCACAACGACCAUCAUUAAGGAGAUCGCCACAAAAUCUAUCAGCGACAGCACAAUCCUGGCCAAUUCCCCAACAAUUCAGGCCACUCUGAAGUGUCUCAAGUCCGUGGCCGUGGACAAGUAUGCCACGCAUGAGGCCACGAGCGAGCAGUGGUGUCAAUUGAUGCAGAGCGCUCUCGAUCGCCUGAUCGAUAUGAUGAAGACGGGCUGCGAGGAGACGAAGCUGGACGAAGUCACAAUGAUGCUCGCCAUCGCGGUGUUUAUACUCAAUCUUCCCGCAAAGUACAUCGCCGUGCCGGGUCUGCAGUAUCCGUGUAUCAAUCACUUCCAUCAGUGUCUGCAGAGUGACCAUCAAGUGGUGCGCGUCAAGUGCAUUCAGACGCUGCGCUCGAUCUUCACCAACGCCGAUCUCACCGUCGGCACGCCCUACAUUCACGCUUUGGCGCCGCGCAUCAUUCAGAACUUGUACGCUGAGAGUGUGAAGAACAUGAAGACUGACACUGAAUUGUCGCUGGUUCUGGAGAGCAUUACAACUGUUGAGGCUCUCAUAAUGCUCGCAGAGCCCAGCAAAAGAGAUCUCUAUCAAGGAAGCCAAAUGCUCGCGAUUCUUGUUCCUGUCCUGAUCAGUUUCCUCUUGGAUCCGUACAAAAUUAGCGUGAGCAGCAAGCAAUGCGUUCAGCUGCAUGAAAACUCUUUGCAGUGGCUGAAGAAAAUAGGCCCAAAGUAUCCACAGGAAUUCAAGAGUCUCAUGUCACAAAAUUCAGGCCUAAGGACACGCCUAGAGACUGCAAUUCGCAACAGCACACAAACGAGUGGAGGCAAUCAGCAGAAGAGCAAGAAUGAUAUUGAAAAUUCAGCAUCAAAGAUGACUGUUCUGCAGAAACCGUCGAUUCAACUGAAAACUGACUUUAGUAACUUUACGUGAAUGCGGAAGGAAAGAAAUGUGAUGUCAAGUUGUGUUUAGU